GAACGUCGGACGGAAGUAGAAAACGAAGCAACAGAAGAAGAAGUGGUGGCUGUAUAAAAUAUCUCGACACUUGGCUGUCUGUUAGCAAACAAGGUUACACACCUAACUAAAAGGAGGCUUGCUGCCAGACUGUGGACUCCAUUGCUUAGCUGUAUAUUUCACUAUGGACUUGCAAACAGGAAUAUCAGCAUGAUGUGACACCAGUAAGAUGCUGAUAUGCCGAAUCGGCGACUGACCUGCAUGAGCUACCAGUCUUGCAUCUUGAUAAGAAUCUGGACAGACUUACUUUACUCUGUGGAUCGAGGAUGUGAGUUAGUGUUAAUUUCCAGUCUUUCCUGCACUUUAGUCCAGCAGCUGUAAAGAACAUGGAGAAGGAAGCAGCUGAGAAGGAAGGUAUUAAAAAUGAAGAGAUCCACAACGAAGAUUCUAACUUUGAGGAAGAAUCUUGUCAGUGUGAGGCAGAUGAUGACUGUAAACACAAGGUGGAAACCACGUGUAACAAAUCUCAGGACAAGUCGAACCCAGACACUCUACGGGGCUGUGGAAUCGAUGAGGUGGAGUUUUACGGAUCUACAGCAGAGUGUGAGCAGGCUUCUGAUGAAAUAGAGUUUGAUGGUGCUGAGGAUCACGAGAAGGCUGUAUGUCAAGAAGAAGAAGAAGAAGAUGAUGAUGAUGUUGAGGAGGAUGAAGAAGAAGAAGAAGAAGAUUAUGAUGAAACUGUUAAGGAGCAGGAAAUAAAUGGAGAAUCUGGUUUGGGGAAUUUGGCCAGUGGACGGAGAUACAAACUAAAGAGCAGCGGUUCAUUUUCAGAGCAAGGCAGUCAGAGCACUUUUUUUUCCAGUCAAAAAAGCAAUGUUAUGUCCAGUGGUGGUCGCCACAAACAGACCCGCAGACGUAACCAUCACCACCAUCAACAGAACCGAGGACGCAGGCGGACAGGGAACCAGAUCAUCUUAGCUUUCAAAGAAAUGCUGUCAGAAUCUCUCAGCUUCUGGUGCAUUUCCUGCAUCCACAUGAUGAUUGAGAUUAUUGUCACUUUAACUCACAACUGUGGAGUUGGUGUAGAGACUGGAGGAUUGAAACUGUACAGCUUUGGGCAGCAACUCCUUCAGAAGGUCACAGAUAUCCCUGGUUUGAAGGCAGAUGCUAAUCGAAUUUUGAAAUGGACUAAAUGCACAGGAAUAGAAGUGGUUAAUAAAAUAGUUAGGUCAGUAAAAUGGAUGAAAUCAGCUGCCUUAUCUUGUUUUGGACUUUUUUGUGCUUUAGUUUUUUUUGGGUCCCAAUGGGCAAAGGCAAUGUUGGUCCGGGUAGGCGGGGAGCGUGGAAAACUCUACUGGACAGCUUUUCAGGACUCAAGGUUUUGGAAACGGAUAGUUUCCCUUCUGGAAAAAGUACAGAGUUGGUUCAGGAGAGACAGCCAUGCAACCAUGUCCAACCAGGAGUCACCGAGCAGAGCAGGGAGGAGCCAAUCAGGCCAGGAGCUAGAGAGGCUUCUGGCUCUGGCAGAGGUUCCAGAGAAUGAACUCGACCCCUUUACAGUGCUUGGUGUGGAGUUACACGCCACUGAGGCUGAGCUAAAGAAGGCCUACAGACAGCUGGCUGUCCAGGUUCAUCCAGACAAGAAUAAACACCCACGGGCUGGAGAGGCAUUCAAAGUGCUGAGAGCUGCCUGGGAUAUUGUCAGUAACCCAGAGACUCGACGAGAGUAUGAGUUGAAACGCAUGGCAGCGACUGAGCUCUCAAAGUCCAUGAAUGAGUUCCUCACCAAACUGCAGGACGACCUGAAGGAAGCCAUGAACACCAUGAUGUGCACCAAGUGUGAGGGCAAACACAAGCGGUUUGAGAUGGAUCGUGAUCCAGCUGAGGCCCGUUUCUGUGCCGAAUGCAACCGUUGCCAUAGUGCCGAGGAGGGAGACCUUUGGGCUGAGUCCAGCAUGUUGGGCUUACGCAUCACCUACUUUGCAUGUAUGGACGGCAAAGUCUAUGAUAUUACAGAGUGGGCCGGUUGUCAGAGAAUAGGCAUUUCCCCUGACACACAUCGUGUGCCCUAUCACAUUUCCUUUGGUUCGAAGAACAACAGCAGCGCCACACGACACAGGACAAAUCCUGAGCACAGCCCAGGGCCACCCAAUCCCGCUGAUCUGCAGGACUUCUUCAACCGCAUCUUUAAAGGAGGUCCUCCCACCGACCCGGCCACAAAUGGGAGCUUUUUCCCAUCAAGUCCACCUCAUCAUCACCCUCCUGGUGCAGGGGUGCCGCCUUUCUCUCCUCCCCCAGGUCAGACUGGCUUCCACAUGCCACCGGGUCAGAGACCAGAGGCCAGUGAGCCUUGGGCCGAAGGUGGCAAACCCCCCAGGAGGAGAAAAAAGGUCCGUAAACCCUUCCAGAGGUGAAGUCUGCUGACCUCAGUGUAUCGACAAAGCAACACAGGGACACCAAUGAUAAUGGCCAUGUUUGUGUAUUGCCUGUCUGUCGGCAUGCCACAGUGUGAACUGGUGAGUAAUUGUGUGGAUAAGCUCAGAUCAGCCACAAGGGGGAGAAAGAGUGAUUGGACCUAGUGUAGGUACAGGAGGGCUGAAGGAGAUGGCAGUGAUGGUGCUUUACCUCUCAUUUGACUCUUUUUUUCGUUCCUCUGACAGCUGUAGCCUCGACAUUGAAAUACCCAUCAGGAUGCUGUUAUGAAACUUAAAAAAAUUCUGCCAAAUCUUGCAUUUCAAAACUACAGUGUAGGAGUCAAUAUUUUCCCCCAAUGUUUUGCAAACAUCUUGUCAAGAAGAUUAAGACAAGACUGUCAGGAGAAUUUCAGACAGUUGGACAGCGAAAAAACAAAUAAUUGACAUGAAGUACAUCUAAAACAACAAACCUGUGUCUGUGUUACUCGCAGCACGUGGACUCAGUAUGUGUUGGUUGUUCUGCACCUGACCCUAAGACUGACAGCCGCCUAGUCAUAACCACCAAAUCUAAAUUAUUGUUGUUUUUUAUUUUACUCCAUACCACCUCGCUCUGUCCCCGUCAUUGAUCUGCUGGCACAUCAACAAAAUCUUCUCAAAUAUUUAGUUUGACUUUGUGAUUGUAGGAACUUUGUGUGCCCGGUUUUUUUCUGUUGUACUGCUGCUACAUUAGAGAGUUCUUUUGGUACGUUUAAAAAAAACAGUCAGAUUUGCAUUCUAAAUGGUUGAAUUUACUACUAUAAUUAUUAUUAAUUUGCUCAUGUAGCUGUUUGUUGAGAAGUUGUUGAGAUUCACAACAGAAUGAAAGUCCUUUAGAAAAGAUUUUUUUUUCAUAAAAUAUAAUACUGCCCCCUAUUGAUCUGAUUUUGUUGCAGGUCUUUCAAACAUCAAAAAUAAAAGGUACGGUCUUGAUUUUACGAAUUGUAGGAGAAAAAUACGUUUGUUCUGAUUGCAGUUGUCUACAGAACUGAGAUUAUUGCCUUAGUUUUGCUAAACAAAAAAUACUAAAGUAUCAUUGUGGACAUGCAGAGCUGCAACAAAGAACUAUUCACAUUAUUUUUUUAUAUUUGCUCCAAAGAUUAUCCAAACUAUGGGAGAUGUUGAUCUGAAAUCAGAAUAUGUUGGCAAUUAUGAUGCCAGGGAAAUAGUUUUCUUUUAUUUACAAAACUCAAGCCGUACUUGACUUUCAAAAGACUUCUGCGCUAAUAAGACAAUACUGGAAUAACUGUCCAGUAAUUGGCUAAUCAAUGCAGAAGUAUUGCUGUAAAAGUAACCCCACCACAUAUGUAUUUUUUGUCCUAAUGGAACUACUGUUUCAUUGGUUCCUGGCUGCUUUGUAACAAUGUGACAUCACAGAGCUGAGGAAACACCAGUUCAAGAGGUCAGGAGAAGAUCUUAAUCUGAAUCCAAACACAUUCACUUUUUUUAGAGUCCACAGUGUUGCUGUGUCUAACAUGGUGAGCAGUGUUUGUUGUGUUUGACACUUUAAUCUUCAGAGGAUCAUUUAAGAACUGUUGUUGUUGUUUACAUCUAUUACGUGAAGAUUGUGAGACUUAGGUGAUUUAGCUUUUGACAAAAGGCUGUUUGUCUUUUUUUUUUUAAUGAAUGACUGUUUAUUAUAAACGCCAUGUUUGUUUGUUUCUUUGGUUUGUGUUAAUUUGCACACCAAUGCCUGUAACAAUGUUACAGGGUUUUGAAGAAUCAUUUGUGUUUGAUGCAGAUUCCUGCAGCUUCUGCUGCCCAGGUGGUGUCGCUCACUCUGCUAUUUACUGUUUCUUUAACUUACUUUCAAAAAAAUUGCAAAACAAUAUUUUUAAGUUGAAGUUAGGCAACGUUACCCUUCACCUUAAGGAGAAAUCGUGUUGUUUUUAACCCACAGAGCUGAUGAAAUGUCAGUAAUGUAAAAGGUGUUUGAACAUGGACAAAGAAACUAAAAAGAGAGAUUUUUAGUUGCUGCUCAAUGUGCUCAAAAUGUUAUUAGUGUAAUAUCACAUUGACAUUAGCAGUUUGUAACACCACAUUGUACAAGAUUAAUAUAAGCUCAGUGUUGGUCCAGGCAGAAACGUACAUCUGUUUAAAAAGAUGUCUUUACUGCGACCAGUCACCCCACCCAACCCCUCCCAUGUUGACACAUUGACAGCUAUUGCUUUAAAACUCUACUAAAUGUAAUGUAAAACACUACUUCCUACACACAGCUAUUCUCAUUGAACAAAGGAAGUACAAUGACAAUGUACAAUGUAAGUGUCAGUCCCCUACUCUGGGACAAAUAGUCAAUUAUAAAAUUGAUAUUCAUUUGUCUUGCUAAGACUCUGCAGUGGUAGCUUUGUGCCCUGAAGUUGGCGCCUGCCCCCUAUUUUUAGGAACCGUUGCUAUAAGUAAACAAAGGAAAUGAGGAUUUUCAACUGCGUGUACAAACACUGGGUUGUGUCUUCAACCUAGAUACAACUGGUUCAUGUUGACCUAGUAAUAUCUCACGUUUAGUUUUCUUUUAUUAUACUGACAUUGGCGACAGAGCUGUGUUGAAAACGUUCAGAUUUCUCCUCUGGUAUCUGGCUGAAACUUGGCUGAAACAUUUUAUGCAGAGUGCAUGUGAGCUAAGAGGCUCAAAAAUGACUUAUUUCUCAAAUAUAGCUCAAGGUUAUUGAAGCAGCAUGCUAAAUUUAAUAGUCUCUAUUUCUUUACAUCAUGGUUUGCGUUUGUUGUUUCUUUACAGAUUUACUUUAAACUUUGAUCAAGGACUGACAGUUUAGAUAUCAGUCUUAUGUUGUCCUGCAGAACAAUAGAACUUUGUUUCAUUUUUCUUUUAUUCAGCAGCUUGUAUUAUUUUAUUUUUUUUAUGAUUCUUCCCACAUUUACAUUAGAACUGCUGUCAGUCCCUGUGGUUCUGACAAGUCCACUCGGACAUGAGAUUGUCAAGUUCUGUUCAUCGGAGGUAGCAGUUCAAAGUCCAAGAAGUCACAGGGGAAGCACCUGCUUUUUUCUUCUUUCUUUUCUUCUCAAGAGAAUAUGCAGAUGUAUUGCAAAAAAAUAUCCGACAAUCAUCAGGGUCUUUUGUAGGGAAUGAUAACGUGUGGAGAGUUCCCUUGCUAGAAAACACUUUGAAAUCUCGCUGUUGGGUUUCGUUUCCCCGCUUUCUCUGGUUUUCAAAGUAAAGAUUAUUUCCUAUAAA